GUUCAACAAGUUGUUUGUAGAGCCUCCUGCCGUCGUCGGUCCUAAUUGGUUUUCGGGACCAGGGCUGUGACGCCUCUCAGCCUGAUGACAUCAUCCAGUCAGUCCCACAGUGGAGCCACUCGGAGGAACUAGUUGGUGGAGUACAGAGAGCGCACUAGUACUUCAUUACAUCUGGAGCACCAGCGGGGGGGAACUGUUCACCUGUGCGCCCCCAGGACGAACUCUCAAGGAUUUUCAUACAUUUUUAGCAGACUCUGUCUUAAAGGCGCGGUGAGGGACACUUACACAAGAAUCUCUGUCGGUCCUUUGGUCUGUCCUGUAACCAGACAAGAGGUUUUUCCCACCCUGAAUGAGUGAGAUUUUACAUCGAAAGUGACUGGCGUCUGGAGCAGCGGUGUCAGUUUCACACUUAUUUCGGAGAGACUGCGUGCCUGGUUUCAUAAAGAGGAUCGUAAUUAACCAUGGCGAGACAUGACGCCCGAAAUUGGCAUGACUUCACAGAAAUGAUCGGACUGCUCUGUUUGGUCUCAUCGAUACUUAUACAACAUGGAGCAUCAGGCCAGCGAGUGAAGGUGGAGCCAGAGGUGUUGUCGUAUCCCGGACAGACAGUCACCCUGCGCUGUGCCUUCCCUGAUUCCACUGGGACUCAGCUCACAAUGGUCACGUGGAUUUAUGAGCCGAAGGACGGAGAAAGGAUCAACAUUGCUGUGUUUCAUCCCAACUUUGAUCCCAACUACCCUGACUCACCCUUGAAAGGGCGGGUUAGCUUCUCACAUAAUCCCCCAGACAUGAUGAGCCCCUCCAUCCAGAUAACCAAUGUUGAAAUAACCGAUGAGGGGAAGUACAUCUGUGAAUAUGCUACGUACCCUGGGGGCAACGAGCAGGGCAUCACCUACUUGGUCAUGCUAGCUAAGCCUAGCAACUCGGCCUCCGUCACAACAGUGACGGCAGGCACUAAGCCUGUCGUCGUGGCACGCUGCAUGUCUGCAAACGGUCGCCCCCCUGCCCAGAUCACCUGGGUGACCACAGCCAAUGGCAAUGCAACAAGCAAGUCUCAGCCAAGUGUCAACAACACUGUGACGGUGAGCAGCGAGUACCUCAUGGUUCCCACUCCAAAAGACAAUGGGAUAGACAUCACCUGUGUGGUGGCGCACAGGACCCAGGUCAAACCCGAGAGAUUCCCAAUGAACCUGGCAGUUCAGUAUGCCCCUUUGGUGUCAAUAGAGGGUGACGACAAUAAUUGGUACAUAGGUCGUACAAAUGUGGCGCUCACCUGCCAGGCUACCGGAAACCCCGUUCCGACGUCUGUCCAGUGGAAGACAACUUCAGGAGUGACGCCAGACACGGUGCAGAUCACAGGCAACGUGCUGAAGGUACUGAAGGUGGAUGAUAAUAUCAACACCACUUUUGUCUGCGAGGCCAAUAACAGCAUAGGCGUCGGCAGGAAUCAGGCCACGCCCUUGCUCAGAGAGCCCCCAGUGAAUCCAUCCAAUGCUGGCAUGGUGGCAGGAGCUGUGAUUGGCUCCCUGCUGGCCCUCCUUUUGGUCGCCACUCUCAUCUUCGUGCUUGUCACUCGUAGCCGCAGGCACCAGCAGGGUUACCGUGCCAAUGGCGGGAGUGACAUGAAGACACGCAUAUUUGGUGGCGGCAAGAAUGGCACAGGCGGAGCUGCGGGCAGCGGCGGAGGUGGUAACAAUAAUGGCCCCAUCUACGUUUACAACGAGAGCUCAUCCCACCAGGGCCUCGGAGAGAAAAACAACCACCACCAGCCAUUCAACAUGGGGGGGCGUCCUGAAGUUGUCACCACUACACCCACCGCCCAAGACAUCCUGUUAAGCAAUGAAUUAGAUGAUGCAGAGAAAAGGAAGUUUGAUGAGCUGGAGGAGGAGGAGAGAUACGACCACUUCUCUGGAGGGGCCCCCAUCCUUCAGCUUCGUCCACCCCAUGACCAGAGCGAUAUGAUUGGAGAUUACCUGGAUGAUGACAUGGAAUCCCAGAGGGAUGGCUCUGUCAUCUCGCGGACUGCAGUUUAUGUAUAGAGGAGGAGAGAAAAGGAGGGAUGGAAGAUUCCUUCCAAGGAUUUUGUGGCUCUAGAGUCUUGUCCCCUGUCUGAUAGAGGAGAGAAAAUAAUACCACUUUUAUUUUUAAAGAUUUAUUUUAAAUAUAGCCUAUUAUUAUUCAUAUUGCAGCCCCAGAAUGAACCGAAUGAUUGGGAGGAUGUGGUGGGGGGGAGGGUUGGUUCUGAAAGAUGUGUUGCUGUUUUCUGGUCCCUCAGAGCUGAAAGUCAAAUGGAGAAAAGAAACAACCUAUCUUCCACCUCUUCUUCUCAUGCUGUUGGUAUCACUGGGACAUUGACAAGGACUCUUGACAGACAGACUGAAAGAGAGAAACUAUGUAUAGUGGAAGUAGGAUGAUGGAAUCAUGAUACAAGCAUGGUGUUAGAGGAGGUAUCGCACUUGCAUAUUCACUCUUAUCUGUACCAAAACAGUUGAAGUGGAAGGGAUUGUCAAGCAGUUAUGUUUUUCCUGCUAUUCUCAGUCGCCCUGUGAGGAAACCUUUUGUUUUGGCGUUGGCAUUGUGUUGUGACAGCUGCUGGGUAGUUAGUAGCUAGUGAUGGGUUGGGGGGAAAACAUUUGGAGAUCUAGAUAGGUGAUUUAGAAAACAGAACAAUGCAUUUGCUCAUGUUUGCCAGAGAGUUCUCCUUUCUGCUCUCUCUCUGCCUUCUUCUCGUCUUUGCAAAACCAUUAGCUGCAGGAGACACUUAAAAAUUUACAAAACUUUACAAAAUAAUGGGUCCUUAAAUACUAGAGCAUCUGAUUUUAAAGAAAGUUUGCAGAGAAUUUGAACCAAGUUCUUAAUGAGAUUUAACAUGCAAACUUUUGUACUGUGCCUGGAGGUAAGAGGCGGUAAACAAGGGUAUGGGAUGAGGUGUAGCUGAUCUGACAGGGUCAAGGGAUGAAGAGAGAGAUGCAGGAGGACAAGAGAGGAGCACGUCUCUUCUGUUCUCUUCCUCCUCAUCCCCAUGAUUUCAGAGCACUCCUGACAGGAGGAGCUUGAUUGGUAAUGAGCCGUGAAGUCGCUCACUUAGCCGGGACCAACAGAUUGCCACCACUUAGCGCUUAUGACGUAGCAGGUCCUCCUACCUCUAUAUUUCUAUCUCUCCCUCCCUCCCUCCCUCUCUCACUCUUUACCUUGCUUUCCCAGUGUUUAUGGUGAGUUUAUGAUUUAACCAGGGCAGUGUCAGGGCCACAGAGAGCAGGCACGUAUUUUAGUGCUCCUGAUGUGUCAAAUGCUCCACUUAUUCUGCUCCAACCUGGCUUGCCCUCACAUGCCAGGACCAACUAAUCCACUUGGGGUGACCACGUUCAUUCAACCGCACAGACUCACUAUUGCCUCCUCCCAUGCUUUAGUAAAUAGUCGGAUGUAACAUAACCCCACCUCCACAGUACAACCACAUUAGAGCAGAGAGAUUUUCGGUAGGAUCAUGUAAUAUUUUCUUCCAUUAUUGGAUAUUUUUAAGUGUAGCAAAUUGAUCAAGAGAGGCUGCAUCCACAGUGAAGCUAUGGGAAUCAUACUGGCUAACAAGGAACAAGCUGUGAAAUCACCUUUUAUGUUGCAGCUUCAGGGCUGAUUGUCUCCUGGCUGUUAAUUCAGCCUUCUAACGAGCCACCGGAGGCCCAAUCAGGCAAAUACUACUCCAUGGCUACUGUACACUGCUGCCUUUGUGGCCCAGUGUGUACAUUUGCAUGUGUCACUAUAUUUACAUAACCCCUGCAUGACUGUGAUGGACAACAUUGGAGAGCAGUCCUGCUGUAGCUCUAAUCACGCUUUUCAUGGCCUUCGAAUCAGCUCCCCUUUGGGAAUCUGGUGGGAGUGGUUUCAGUGACUGCACUGACCUCCUGUAAGGCCCGGCUAUGAUCUGGGUUGCAGGUUAUGAGAUCAAAAGAGUGACCCGUUGCCAAGGGCGGGGGUGACUUCACUUGCUUGCAUUUCAUAUCUUGGGUAUUUUUAACCUUGAACUACAGGUGAAAGAAAAACUUGCAUACAGUACAGGUAUCUGUAUAAAGGUAGACCAUCCUUGUAUGUCUUUGUGAAGGCUGCUAACCCUUGGAGAAACUGAGAGAACAGGAGAAGGUACAGCCCGGGGUACAGUAAAUUUAUUGAACACACAUGAUUUGUCACAACUGCUCAGAACAAAAAAGUAUUACUUAUUUUUGCACAUGUGUGUGUCACCACUACAAAGAGAAAUUAGUGUAAUAUUUGCUUUUUGGAGUUAAAAAAAUAGCCACAACGGACAAAACUGUAUGUAAAUUUUGGUGUGAGGUGUCUGUGUACUAUCUAUGUAAGCAUCUUUAUUUUUCUUGUGAAAAUGUGGAUAUUUAUGAAAAUGUAAAUAUCAGAUUGAUGGAGCCAAUGUUGUGGCAGUAGAGAUGCAGGCACUGGGUAAAGUUUAAAGGCAUCAGAAUGUAAUUUUUAAUCUAAUGAAUACCUCAGUAGUUUGGGUGUUUCAACAUACUGAACUGACUGAGCUUCAUUUACCUAAAGCCUAAGAGCUGAUUUGUAUUGAAGGAGAAACUAUAUAUGCUUGUAUAAUUAUUUUUUUUUUGUUCAUUAGCAUUGCCUGCAUUUCCACAUAAUGAACACAGUUUUUUGCACAAUUGGCUUCUCCUUCAGUGACAGCUUGCACAAUGCAAAAAUACACACAGUACUCGUAAUUUAUCAGGUAGAGUGUAACCACACAGCCUGUGUUGUGUUGUGUGUCUGUGCUGUGUCUGAGUCAGCUCUGUGUGUGUGUAUAUAGUUGUGUCAGUGUGUAUUUUUGUGAUGCUAGAGGGCUUUUUGACAUCUCUUCCUGCCACUGGGGCUGUAACCCGAGUAGCCGCUCUUUGUCACCAUGAAAAACUGGCAAACUGAAGAUAUUAGUGUGAAUUAUGCACACACACACACACACACACACACACACUGUACAUAUACAGUACAUACACAGAAUGUAGAGAAACAUUCGCCCACACAUCAACACCCCUCAGUCACUCUCAUUAUGCUCACUCCCACAGUCAAACUGUGCAGAAGACAUCUCAUACCUGACAACUCUGCCAUCUCCUAGCACAAGCCCACUCAAAUGCACUCGCAUACUGUAACUGCGCGUACACACACACAUGAAACACUUGUUCUUUAUCCUGUUCUUGCUCAGUGGCUCUGUCAGGACAUAUACCAUGUCCUGCUAGUGUGGUAAGAGCUGCAGCACGAUGUGUCCCCUGCUCCAGUUCUUCUUUCUCUCCCCCGUAUAGUCAGCCCAUUCCCAAAUCAGUGACCAUGUUAGAGCAAAGACAACCCCACAUUCAGGGACACACACACUUCACACAGUGUCAGAAAAACAGGUUUUUUAGGAAAUUGUUUGUCCAACCCUUUUAUGUUUUACACAGAAAAUAGAAAUGAUACCGCGCUGCCCUUCUCCCCCCUCCGGGAUCCCUUUGAAUGCUUUUAGAGAGUCACAACUUCCUACUCGUCUCCAAAAUGUUGUUUUCGACUUCUCUCGCUCCAGCCACCUCCACCGCCUCCACAGACACACACACCAUUGCCACUUACCUCGGCACCCAACUAAAGCUUUUCAGACAAAAUGCUUUCAGAGAAAUUCACAGUUGAGGCCCAGGUCUAGCACAAGGUUAGAUAGUCAAAAUAUUCAAUAUUUUUCUUUUUCCAGAAAUCCAUGUACUGUUGCUAUUUCUUCAGCUCCACCUAAUCAAAGCCUUAACAUCUUCAUCUCGCUUACAUAAAAGAUAAAAGAAGAGAAAAUCUCCCAGUGUACAUAGUAUAAAUAUAAAUAUCUAGCAGGAAAAAAAAAAACUAAUUUAUGGUGUCACAUUUGUGUAUUUCCCUGUGACAGCAAGCAUGAAGGAUUUAUUUUCUCCUACUCCAGCUUCUCCUCUUUUGUUAUUUUGCAGUGCUUUAUAAUUUGUUUGAGUGCUUUAUUCUUGACUGCUGCGCUGUGAUUGCCACCUAAAACUGGCAGAUGUGCUUCUUCUAUACAAAUUAACUGUACACACUGCAAAACAGUCUUACCCCAAAAUGUGCUUUUAUUAUUGACUGUACUGUGUAAAAGUUUUUUUUUAUUUGUAUUUUUAAUUUUUAAUUUAGUUUGGUUUUUGAAAAUUCAAACUGAAUUAGAAUUGUUGUCACCUUUUUGUCUUUCUAUAUAUAUUUUUCAUAUUUGUUGCUAUUAAAGCUUUAUUGAUUUUUUUUUAAGUGUUCCUGUGUUUAUGUGUCGUAUCUGUUUCUCCUCGCCUUCUCUCUCUUUAACACUCACGGUUAGCCCAGGUGACUGAAGAGCCAGAUUGGGUAGAAGCACCAAUCAUUGAUUCUCACUGAUUAGAUUUAUAGAUUAAUUGAUCUGGAUAUAAAAUGGUCUCUUUCUCGUCACCCACUCUUCACACUAGUUUUGCUAAAUCUGUGUGUCAAUAGAGGUGCCAUAACAGCCAUAUGGGAAACUGAGGAGAAGCCAUUUUGUGGAUUAUAGUUGUCUUGUACUGUAGCUCCACCUCCUCCCAGUUGUACAUAUGUCAUGGUUGAAGUAAACUUGCUGCCUUGGUAACAGGUGUGUAGGAGACUGCUGUAGUUCUUUAAAGGGCACAUAUUUUCACCUGAGCAUGUGGAUAAUUGACGACA